AGCACUAUCUCAUAAGAACACGAUGCUUCUCUGUUGCAAAUUGUGUCAGUUCCAAUCGAGUUAUCCACCAAGAAAAUACUCAGUGGAUCAGCUAAAUCCCGUUUUCCGAAAACCCAAAAGGUUCUUAAUCAAAAUUUCUCACUAUUCCACGUGAAAAAUGAAUUUCAAUCUUCAUAAUAUCGAACAAAUCCGUUUAGAAGAUUCUGAAUUGGCAGAAAAGAUCAACUAUGAAUUGCAACAACUCAUCCUAAAACCAGAACAGCUUCAAGAAGUUGCUAGGAUUUUUGAAGAGGAAAUGGAUUUAGCUCUUGCGGAAAAACCUUCAUCUCUGCAGAUGGAGAAUACCUAUGUACCAGAAUUGCCAAAUGGACGAGAAACUGGAAAGUACCUAGCGUUGGAUCUGGGUGGAACAAACUUCCGGGUAUUGCUGUUGGAGCUGGUAGAUGGCGUUGGGGUACGCGAGGAGGUAGAACAUUUUGUGAUAUCAGAUGAAAUUCGCCUUGGUGAGGGCGUAGCACUAUUUGAUCGAUUAGCUGAAUGCUUAGAAAGCUUUAUAAUGAGGUUAGGAUUGACAGAUGAACGUCUAGCUCUUGGAUUUACCUUUUCAUUUCCUAUGAAGCAUCAUGGAAUAGCAUCGGGGACAUUGGUGACGUGGACAAAAAGUUUCAAUUGUGCCAAUGUCGAGGGAAAAUGCGCUGUAAAGUUACUCAGAGAAGCCAUUGCACGGCGGCAGAAAUGUCAAAUGGUUGACGUUGUGGCCAUUGUGAACGAUACGACGGGAACACUGAUGCAGGGAGCAUUGGUGGAAUCGAGGACGAGAAUUGGAAUGAUUUUGGGUACAGGAUCGAAUGCUUGCUUUAUGGAAGCUGCCUCGAGAGUGCAGCAUUGGGAAACGACGCAUGCAGACAUUCAAAAUGUCGCCGUUGACAUUGAGUGGGGAGCUUUCGGUGACAAUGGCCGCAUUGAUUUCAUCAAGACGCCAUUUGACAUAGCCGUAGAUGCAGAAUCUCUUCUAAAGGGCUCAUUUACCUUCGAAAAGUACAUUGGGGGCAAGUAUCUUGGUGAAGUGUUUCGUGUUAUUUGUCAUCAUCUGAUCCAGCAGAAGUCGCUGCUGUCAAAUGCAAAUCCUGAUAAAUUUCCCAAAACUUGGCAAUUCCCAACGACAAAUAUUUCCCAAAUCGAGCUGGACAACCUUGAAGGUUCUUCCCACCGUACUUGUGGUAUCCUCCGGGAUGCUGGAUUCUUUGAAUCUGAGUGCACAGCUGCUGAUAUUGCGAUUUUGCAACAUGUGGCAGCAGUUGUGAGCUCCAGGGCUAGUCAACUAGUAGCUGUAUGCCUUGGGGUGCUGUUGAAGCGCAUCAAUGAGUCCCAGGAGACAGUUAUAGCAGUCGAUGGAUCUCUCUACAAGCACCAUCCACGCCUUCGUGGAUGGAUUGAGGGGCAUCUGAGGCAGAUGUGCCCCCAACAUCCCUUCAGACUUCAUCUGGCACUAGAUGGCAGUGGCAAGGGAGCAGCUCUAGUAGCAGCCAUUGCUGAUAGACUAGCCAAAAGACAGUAAAACAGGGAUGAGCUUGAAACUAAAAACCAAAGUUAAUUUAAGGAUAGGGUGAAAUAAUCACUUGUAGCCACUUCUAGGAAAAUGUGAAAAUAUUUUAAUUAUAACUGGUGAACCCUCGUAUAAAAAUAAUUCAAAUGUGACCCAAAGUUUCUUAAAUAAAUUGGCACUAGACAUGUCAA